GGAAGAAAUUUGUGUAUGUUGAGCCAUCUAGGAGAGUUAAAGAAAUACUCGAAGAAGAGCUUAAUUUUCGGGAAGAAGCAUGCCAUGUUAAACAUCCAGCUGCAGUGGCUCUGGAAGGAAUUUGGAGUGUGAAAAAGAAUUUCUCCAUUGGAAGCCUGAAACCAGUGUCGCAAAGCAGAAACGCUUUACUCUUACAGCCUCAAUUCUACUCAAGGCAUGCAGGAAUUAAAA